AUGCAAGAGUGUGGGACGCCUGAUGUGCCAUCAUUCACGGCGUUACGUGCGCUCCAGACGAGGCUGACGAAGAAUGUCGGACUCAAGACUGAAGCGCACACAUCAUCAUUAGAAAAUCAUUUCUACAUGAAUGACCCGAUACAGCUUUUUGCGAUGGAUUGGGCCAAUCCCCUGGUGCGGGAACAUAUGAACUUAUAUCCGGAAAUAACAUCGAAUGUGUCCGAAGCAUGGCAGGCCGGGAAGUGGGCCAAUAGCAACGAUAUCGAUCUGUUGUCUCCGAUGUGGGCAAAUAGGCAGAAUGCCCCCCACCGCCAUUAUUUUAUUAAAGAAGUUGCCCGCUUGCGCAGCGGCAAGCUAGUCAUCCCAAUUCGAUGGGUACGGCAGGAGGGAGUAAUGUGUGCUGAUUUUAUUGAGCGCGUGCAUGCCUCUGAGCUUGAAAGUAACUAUCUUGAUCUAACCUCCGGCGAAGGACUUCAAUUCAGUUUCUCUGAAGCGGCACCGGCAUGGACACGUGAAAUGCCGCAUCCUGUUCGCCGGAUUGCCAACGGACGACACGCCUUCACACUCUUUGUCACUCCGUGGAGUGAUGAUGUCUCCGGGAACGUGAGCAAGCAGUACAACCCUCACGUCAAUCUCUACCUCGCCAAUAGUACUUUACCGCAUCAAAAGCUUGCACAAGAAUUCUUUAUUAGAUUUGCUUCGACAUCUCAGCAUGCCUCAUCGUCUGAGCAGCUAGACGCUUUAUCGGGGAAGAUGAAGCCUGAUGCUUGGUAUCCGGCAUAUGAUUGCGAGCUCAGGGAAGAAAUCAUCUUCCGCAUACUUCCAUACACAUUCCCGGCUGACAAUCCGCAGCAAUCUGAGACAUGUUCCCAUGUCGGUGUGCACGGUAAUCUCUUCUGCCGCCGCUGUAAAAUUGGAGGGACUGCAGAAGAAAGAGAGACAUGUGAAGGCUACCGAGCGCUGUUCAAGCCUGGAGCUGCAAGGACACCAGUUGAGACUGUUCAGCUCAUUGAAGAACAGUUGUGGGCUGCCUGCCUUGGCGUUCAGGAAACCCUGGAAGAGUUGCACACAACGACGGGAGUAAAGGAUAAGAUUUCAUUAUUCUGGAUAGACAAGUGCAUCAUGAGAGCACGCGCGAUCCAAAAGCAACGCCUCGGCAAGGACAGUCCUGACUGCGAUAUGCGACUGAAGGACAGACACUUAAAGGGUGAUGCUCGCAAGGCUGUCAGAAACGAGAUACUAUGUGCGAUUCAGCGAGAGGUCUAUGACUGGCUCGUGACUCAACCUGAAGCGCGAUACAAUAUGCUUCCUGCUGACUCCCUCACAGCAAAGCGCAAAGCAUUACGGCCGGGGGAUCACUAUAAUCCAUGCCUCGCCAUGACGGGGGUGGAUAUACAUGCCGACACGCCGGUGGAGAUCCUCCACACAUACCUUCUUGGCCAAGAUAAGUAUGUCUGGUAUGCAACUCACAGCAGUUGGGACGACAAAAAGCAAGAAUUAUUUGCAUUGCGACUGCACUCGUCAGCCGUGGAUGGCUUAGGCUUGCCUCCCAUUCGAGCUCAGUACAUUGUUCAGUAUAAAAACAACCUGAUCGGACGUCAUUUCAAGGUCCUCCAGCAACUCGGCAUCUUCCAUCUUCAUGGUGAUUUGUGCUCAAGUCUCAUGUUUGAUAUGUGGCGAGCAACCGGUGACCUCGGAGCAUAUUUGUGGUAUCAUCAAAUUUCAGACAUGGAGACCUAUCUGGCUGACGUAGAAAUCCUCAUUGAGAAUGUCCUCGAUAUAUGGGCACUGAUAGAUCCCGCGCGUAUAAUACAGAAACCGAAACUACACGUACUCCCCCAUAUCAUCGAUGAUAUUCGGCGCUUCGGUCCUUCUUUACUCUUUGCCACGGAAAUCUUCGAAUGCUGGAAUGCGAUAUUUCGACUCUGCAGUGUUCUCUCGAAUCGACAAGCUCCAAGCCACGACAUCGCCGCGACAUUGGCGGAUAUGGAGCGUUUUAAACAUCAAGUUAGCGGCGGCUGGUGGAAAGGUGAUACUGGCGAGUACGUACAAGCAGGAAGAAACGUACGGGAGUUCCUCCAGCGAAAUAAGAAACUCCAAAGACGACUCGGAUGGGUGGACAAAUCACUGGCAUCGCUGCAACCAGGUUCGAUUACAUUGUUGCCCAAAGCAAAGCAGUCGAAGGCGACGUGGUCAGAAGUCCUCGACAUAUCCACUCUCUCGAGCUUGGCAGAACCUACACCAGCAGGAAGGCUUUGGCAACCGUCCCGAUACUGUAUAUCCCGCUCCAGGGAUGUCUGUCGACCAGGCUCCUGGGUAUUCUAUCGAAUGGCGCAGAGCGACAAUGUUGCAUGCGGUCGUAUCCGCAAUAUCCUUGUUGCUGACUCGGAUGUUCUAUCAGGACCAUCUGACUCAUACACAGCAGCGUCUAUCAUUAUAGAGUCUUUUCACAUCUCGAGCGUUCUGCACGAGCGGCUCAGGAUGCCUGUCCUAAUGCGGGUCUCGAAUGAACAUGGCCCAGCAAUCGUUCCAGUAGAAGCAUUGGAUAUCCUGUUCUUAUUCAACGCUCAGCACGACUGUGCCGCAGGCGGCUGUAGCCCGACCGGCUGGCGUGGCCUACAGCAAGAACGGCGCAGCACGAACGUCCUGGAUAAAUGCAUCGUGCAUGAAGACGACAAUCAGUUUAUUCUGAAUAUGCAUGCAUUGCAUAAUGCAGCCCUUCUCCGGGACGUCCUCCCCCGCUCCCUGACUGCGCCGCGCCGCUAUCUACAUGAUAGACUGUCAAAACUCGAUGAAAUCGCGAAGGGACUUCAGGUCUCAGGACCAGCGAAACGAGCUCAGAGUGCCGCAAAGGCGGCUGAGACACGCGCUCGGAACAAGAAAGCAAAGGAGGCACAAAAUCUGGCUCAGGCUACGGUUGAGAUGGCAGGUGACUCUGUUGUGGACAAUGCAACUAUGUAG